CUUUAAAUAGCAGCUGUUUAAAAGCUCCUCAUCAUCCUCCUGUCCGCCGUGUUACCCUCAGUCCCUCUCCGCACCGCAGCAACUCCCACUCAUUCACACAUUUCUUCAGUAAGCAAGCCUCCACAUCCCGCAAUGUCGGCCGCGAGUACCGAGACCAGCGCCCCGCUGCCCACCGCUGGAAGCCGGGUCUUCUUCCAACCUGCGAACGGCGUAGCCUGCGUGGGAACCGGUCCCAUCACCGGGGACGACCCGGUGCAAAAGAGACAGGGCAAAGUGACGGUCAAGUACGACAGGAAAGAGCUGCGGAAAAGACUCGUGCUGGAGGAGUGGAUCAUCGAGCAGCUCAGUGAGUUGUACGACUGUGAGGAGGAAGAGAUGCCAGAGGUAGAGAUCGACAUAGACGACCUGUUGGAAGUCAACAGUGAUGACGAAAGAGCCAGCAAACUCCAGGAAUCAUUAACAGACUGCUACAAACCAACAGAGGACUUUGUCCGUGACUUGCUGGGCAGGAUAAGGGGAAUGAGAAAACUCAGCGCACCAUCUAAGAAGGGCCUAUAAUGGCUGUAAUGCCCACCAUCAACCAACCACUAUGUCAUCUCAGCUCCACCUACUUAACCCACUUGACAUGGACUCUCAUCAUGAAGAAUAACUUAUCUAAACAUUACAGCAUUAGUAACUAUUCUGCAACCUGCAAACAUAACUCCAUGCAUUUAGCACUUUUCAUCCAUUUUACAAUCACAUAUAGAAUAUCAAGGUAUAUAAUAAUAUUUGACUGUUUGAAGGUAAAACGGAGCCAACACGGUUCAAAAGCAUUCAGCCACAAUAAAAAGUAAAACCCUGGAACGUGCCAGACAGAACUGCAACUGUGCUUUAACACCGACGCCAACUUAUUACACAUUAUUGAGCCAUGUUACAAGCAAACGCUGUUAUCGCAACAGCCAUACAGACUUCGACACAAACAAAUCUCAAAAAGGGAAGUGGUCAUAAACUGUUUGUACUGCGGUAGGUGUGAAACUAGCUAUAGCACUAUGUAAACACAAUGCUUCAUGGUCUUUCUUUUUUUACCGAGGUAUUUUGCUGUUACUUCUUUUUACAAAAUGUACUGUGUGUUGCCAUUUAUUGUUCAUGUGAUUGAAAUGUGGUCUUCGAGUUUUUGUGCUACUUUAAAAGUCAACCCUGCUCAUCCUCACUCUGCUUUCAAAUGUUUGGGAGGGCUGUAGUUUUUUUUUGUUUUGUUUUUAACACAAGGCGUUAAUACAUCAGCUAUGUCCUUUUUUGUGAUGUGUAAAACUCUGGGAAUAGUGGGGACGGUUUUGCAAACAAGACUUAACAUAGUGACAGUUUUGCUUUUUUUACCCACCGUUCUAGAACACUUUUCACCGCAGCAAGGCAUGAUGGGUGUUGCAGUUCUCUGCACGAGGCUACAAAACCUGUAUGAUUGACAGCCUUUCACUUUUUCUGUUACACCGUGGUUAUACAUAACUCUCCCUCAUCAGAUUACAUAUCAGUUAAUCAUUUAGGUUUAAGCACAAAGCCCAAACUUUGUUGUCUAUCUCCCCCCCCCCCCCCCCCACCCCCUCCUCUGGGACACUUUACUCUGCUAACUCACCUCUCUACAGUGGUUGUUGUUGCCUUUAAAGGACAUUCAGGAUCAGGUCACCUUUAUUUCAGCACUGAACCUUAACUACUGACAACCCAAUGGCAAAUAUGUAUGAGGACAACUUGAAACUUUGACUCUUAAACCUGUCAAGUCCUGUAUGGAUGAGGUGUGCCAAAACUGGGAGUAUUACAUCCUAAACGUCAUACGUCAAGGAGGCAUUAGAGUGACACAGCCUUUCCACAGAGAUUGUUUGUUCAUUUGGUGAGACAUCAGAGUAUACAAAAUGUUGAAGACUUUUCCAGGUUGCAGAAAACAUGUUGUAAUUGCAUAAUCCCGGGAGGUUUAAGAGGUGGAUUAAGUUAUUUAUUGUCGUUAAUUACCUUCGUGCACCAACACACUUAAAAACCAACCUGUAAGCUCUGGUACAAUCAUGACUCGUUACUGGGUUGGGUCCAGUUUCAUUUCUGAGCAGUCACUUGUGAGCUGACUGAAAUGGAGCAGUCCUAAACCUGCCAUGUGAUUUCAGCUGCCAAAGACAAAAGCAGGGCAAUGUUUGAUUUUAACAUAACACUUGCAAAGCACCCGUCUUGCAUGCUACCAACAGAGAAAAAAACACUGUAAAAGAGAAUAGAUAUUAUGACUUAUAAUCAAGCAAAAAAUAAAAUAAUCCUUUUUUUUUUGACUAAGCUAACAUGUCUGACUUUAUAGAACUUUUUUUGUGUUAAAACAACGUGACAGUCACGUUGGAGAGAAUCCAGGACAUAUUUAAAAAAUGGUGCUGUUUUUGAUGUUCUUUCCAGGUUUCGGUUGUAUGAAACACAUGUUCCAGAGAAAUGUGUCUGCUGGACGUGUACGCCUGUAUAGAAUGGGUGCAUACAGUCUAAAGCAGAAUCGUCUUCGCGUUCCCUUUCCUCAGUUUGAAACAAGCUGGAUAGAUGUCAUCACACUCCGCUUGCAGAGGAUGAUUUGAUAAACAAAAAAAGAUCCUGAUUGAUGUAGUGAAAGGAAAUGUUAAACGGGGCAGCCAUUAAAGGCAACUGUGAUGUAUCCAGGAAUCGUGUUGAGGUGCGCCAUAAGAUUUUUUUUCUGUAAAGAAACAGUUCAGGAGCAAUAGGCUGAUAUUUUAUAAUUUGGGGGAUUUUAUGUGGAAAGUAUUUUAAAAGUGUCCAUACUAGAAAGCUUUAAGUUUGCAUGUAUUUUUAAAAUCGCAUGUAGAGGGGAACAUUUUGUUGGCCCAAUAAUUUUUAUUUCAAGAAAUAAAACACUUUCCUUUUUAUACCUUUUAUUAUUAUAACUAUUAUUAAGACUAAAAUAUUACGUUAUUUCAGCAGAUUUUUUUCUGUACAUCCACAAUAAGCAUUCUUGUUUUUAAAAUGUAGUGUGGUGUGUGGUUUGUUUUUUGCUGAUAAUAAAAAUGGAGGACUCUACCGUUUGAACAGAA